AUGUCGCCGUACCAGUUAGUUUUUGGAAAAGCAUGUCACCUCCCGCUCGAAUUGGAAUAUAAAGCUUUUUGGGCGAUAAAAGAAUUUAAUUUUGACGCAAAUUCGGCGGGAGCAAAAAGAAAACUCCAACUUAAUCAGUUGGAAGAAUGGCGAUUUCACACCUACGAGAAUGCUAAACUCUAUAAGGAAAAAACAAAAUUUUGGCAUGAUCGUAGGAUAAAUCACCGAAUUUUCGAAAAUGGUCAAAAAGUUCUUCUUUUUAAUUCUCGAUUAAAGCUUUUUCCCGGAAAACUUAAGUCGAGAUGGUCUGGACCAUUCACCAUUGUCAAUGUGGGAAAAUUCGGAACGGUAGAUCUUUUGAAUCCGCAAGAUAAUAGCACUUUCAAAGUUAACGGGCAKCGGAUAAAGCAUUUCCUCCCGGAGGGAAUGAUCGGUCCAACCCAGUAA